AUGGACAAUUCAGAGAAUGCAGGCAACGACCGGAAACGGCCCAUAGAGUCUGAGUCGGAGAAUGAGCUGGAGGAGAAAAUUCCAAGAUUGGAAUCCGUUCCAUCGGCAUCUCUUGCCGAAAUGCUCAGAGUGCACCUCCCUCCGCUUCUUCACGCGGCACAAUUCGCUGACGUAGAGUUAUGCAGAAAACUCGUGGAGGAUGAAGGGGCGGACGUCAACGUAACGGACUUCUCAGGCUACGACGUCUAUCAUUGCGCAUCUAUGAAUGAAAACAACUGCGAUUUGGAACUACUCAAAUUCUUUGCGGACAAGAAAGCCACAAUGAAAAGACUCAAUGAAAGUGAGGCUGAUGCAGUCCAGCUGGCUCUCCACCGGAAGAACUUCAAGUUUGCGGCAGCGCUGUUUGAGCUGUACGAAUCCGAAGAUAGCUUUCUCCUGCAUUGCAUUUGUACACAACUGGAGUCAAUGAAAUUUGCAUACGAGCAGGACCCGUCAGUGGUAAAAAUGAAGGGCGAUGACGCAUUUGACUUGCGGAUUUUGGACGAGAUGGCUUGGUACCAAGAUUUGGAGGCAUUCAAGUGGAUCAUCGACGUAGCCAAAAACUUCGGUGUAGAACUAUCGAAAAGUAAAGAACUGCAGCUGAGUAUUCUCAAGCAUUCUGCUCUAAAUGAAGAUGAUGGUGACGCAAUCGCCAAUUUCAUCUUAUCGACAUAUGAAAAAGACUUGACAGAACAAGAUUUGACACCACUGCUCCUUGAGGUUUUGCCGAAUGGAAACUUAAAAGUUGUCGAAUUGUUGGUUCGUAAAGGUGCUGACCUGAAUGUGCGCAUGCCGGAAGAGGAAGGAUCCCUCUUUGAGCACUGCGUGGCGUUGAAUGUACUAAAUGCCGCCAAAUUCGUUUAUCAAUGGAAUGCAGAAGAGAUUGACAUAUCCACAUUAAUGACCGCGGCAAACCUUGAGAACAUCGAAAUGAUGCGUGCGUACAUCAAUUCCGUCAACGACGAAGGCAAGACUGCUCUUCAUGUGGCCGUGGACAUGCAAAACCUCAAUACUUUCAAGGCCUUGCUCGAUAUCGGUGCAGACCUGACCGUGGAAUAUCGUCAACUUAGCUUGGUGAACUACUGCUUGAAGAACUUAUUUCUAGAAGGAGCAAAUCUUGUGUACGCCAAGGACCCAAGCCAGAUUAAGGGAAAACACGUGAACACUACUUUCAUGUUAUCAAAUCGGUGCGUGAAAAUAGAAAAGUGGAUUGCUUCUCUGUAG